AUGUUGCUGACAAUGCUUCUGCUGGGAGUGGCCUGCUCAUCACAUGCUUCCCUUGUCAAAGUCAAUAAGGGUUUAAAGGUGAAGCGGGGUCAGUCAGCCUACCUUCAGGAGGGCAACCUGCAGUUCCAUAUUCCUCGUCAGAAGGAUGCAUGCAAGGUGGAAGUCGUUUUAAAUGAGCCCAUAACUCAGCGAGUGGGAAGACUCUCACCUCAGGUCUUUGACUGCCAUUACCUGGCUGAUGAGGUCAAGUAUGUACAUAACGGCUGUCCAAUAUUAAAGGAGGACUCUGUGAAGCUUCGACUGUACAGGUUCACUGACAAUGAGACAUACAUGGAGGAUUUUUCUCUCCAUGUGGACAUUAUGGAACCUGAAUGCACCAUCAUCAAGCUGGGACCCAAAUCCCUGGAGGUUCCUGAGCUCUACGGCCUGUCUGAUGCUGUGGAUGGUAACGUGGUGUCUUUCCACUACGAGAGGCGGUCCACCCUGGAGUGUAGCAUCCAUCUGAGCAGCCAUGAUAGCCACCUCCCUGCCCACGGCCAGCUGGUCACCGGAGAACCGGACCAGCCCACCACCAGAGGGGAUGAGCCAGAAAGCUUCAUCCCCUUACGCAAGCAACUAGAUUUAACCUUUUUUGAUUUUUCAGAAAAUAAAGCCAGAGCAAUGUGUAAAACUGAAGACUGCCUGAAAGGCCUGAAGCUGAUCAAGAUAACCAAAAUUCCCUGUGAUGACUUCCUGAUGAUGGGACUCAGGUAUCAGCACAUAGACCCUCCAUCUCCAGACGUAGACUACAUCGCAAUCAGACUGGACCUCAGGGACACUAGGAGUGGCAGCAUAUACCAGUCGGAACAGGCCUGGAUACCAGUGCGGAUACUGGGCGCUGUGCCCAACCAGCCACCUAAGCCAUCCUUCAUGUCCAUGUUUAUUCUGGAAGUGGACCAGUUCAUCCUCACACCACUCUCCACUGCUACUCUGGAUGCUGAAGAUGAGGAAACUCCGAAGCAGCUUUUGGUUUUCAACAUCACCAGACCCCCUGCAGAGGGAUUCAUUACACAUCUCUCUGAUCACACUCGUCCAAUCUCGUCCUUCACAUGGCUGGAUCUCAAUGACAUGCUCAUAGGGUAUCAGCCUCCUAACUCUUCUCACACCCAACGCAGGAACUAUGAGGUAGAGCUUGAGGUCCAUGAUUUUUUCUUUGAGAAGAGCCCAUCAAUGAUUGUUCACAUGUCUGUGAGGAAUGCAGACACCAAUGCACCCAGAGUGUCCUGGAACAUGGGUCUCAGUCUUUUAGAGGGCCAAUCUCGUCCAGUCACAUGGGAGCAGCUCCAGAUUGUGGAUAAUGACAACCUUAAUGCUGUUCGCAUCAUCACUGUGGAUGGUCUGCAGCAUGGCAGGCUGACUGUCAGAGGUGGAAAGGGCUUCAUGUUCACUGUCAGUGACAUCAAAGCUGGUGUGGUUCGCUAUCACCACGAUGACAGCGACUCCACUAAAGACUAUGUUAUCUUCCGCAUCACCGACGGCCGCCAUCAGACCCGGCACAAGUUCCCUAUCAACAUCCUGCCAAAGGAUGACAGCCCUCCUUUCCUCAUCACCAACAUGCUGCUGGAGGUGGCAGAGGGCCAGACAGCUCUGCUACGAGGCUCCAUCCUCCAGGCUUCAGACAUGGACUCCAGUGACGACUACAUUCUCUUUAACAUCACCCGCCCGCCCCAGGCAGGAGAGGUCAUGAAAAUUCCAGGACCAGGACUCACAGGUUACCCUGUCAGCCAUUUCCUGCAGAGGGAUCUGUUCCAUUCUGUGGUAUUCUACCGGCAUCUCGGAAAUGAAGUGUUCGAUGACUCUUUCGAGGUGGUGCUGUCUGAUUUCCAUGAUCCCCCCAACCUGUCUGAGCCUCAAGUGAUUGUGGUGCAUAUCGAGCCUGUACCUGACCAACCACCUAAAGAGGUUCUUGGUGUUAGUCGCUGUCUCGUGGUCAAAGAGACUGAGGUCAUCUAUCUAACACGGCAGCAGCUUCACUUUGUUGACCAGGAGUCUCCAGACAGUGAGCUGACGUACACAGUGACCACCCCACCUUUCUACACUGGUCUUCACAGCAGUCCUGAUGCAGGCAGGCUGUUCCUGGUUGACAGCAUACCCAAAUUUACCAAAGACUCCAACGCACCAGUGCUGCGACUUUUCACACAGCAUGCGGUGAACUUCAUGAAAGUAGCCUACAUGCCUCCGAUCAUGGACAUCGGCCCUUACGCCCAGCAUAUCCAGUUUGUUCUUUCUGUAACCAAUCAGCAGGGCAGAACAGUUACUGGAAUCUGCUUUAACAUCACAGUGCUCCCAGUGGAUAACCAGCCUCCACAGGUCAUCAGUAACUCUCUGACAGUGGAUGAGGGGGCGCAGUGCUGGCUGGGUCCUGAACACGUGCUGCUGUCAGACGUCGACUCCAUGGAGGAGGCCCUGCAGGUGGAGCUUCAGAGGGAACCUCAGCACGGCGCUCUGCAGCUGGGCAGCUCACCUCUGAAGGCAGGCCAGGCUUUCACUGUGCAGGACCUGAGGAGCCUUAAAGUCAGGUAUAAUCAUGACGGCUCUGAAACAACUGAGGACGACAUUGAAUUCACUGCUACAGACGGCACUAAUGCAGUCAGUUUUGUUCUGCAAGUUAAGGUGACGCCGGUCAAUGAUGAGGUCCCAGUGCUGGUUGCCGGUUUGAAACCCAUCCUUGGCUGUGCAGAGGGACAGGAAGUUGUCAUCACAGCUGAGUACAUCUACGCCACUGAUGCAGACAGCGACAACAGCAGCCUGGCCUACCUGAUCGCCCGUCAGCCUUAUCAUGGCGUGGUGCUCAGAGGUGGCGUUGUGGUCGACCGCUUUGUUCAAGCAGAUAUCACUGCAGGCAUCGUCACAUACAAACACACAGGGCUGGAGAUCGGACUCAGCCCUCGACAUGACACCAUCACUUUUGUCAUCUCUGAUGGAGAAACAGAAAACUCUCCUUUAUGCUGCAGUGGAGGACAUCCCACGAAGAACAGAGGCUCGGCCCAUCUGCGGGACAGUCUGCCUGUGUACGACCUCAAAAUAACAGUGUAUCCGGUCGACAGUGAGCCACCUGCCCUCACAACAGGAGACAUAUUUGUGGUGGACGAAGGUGGGACUGCCCCCAUCACUGUCUCUCAUCUGAAGGCCUCGGACAUGGACACUGCCCUGGAGGAGCUGGUGGUCAGCUUGGUGUCUCCCCCACAGUUUGGCUACAUUGAAAAUGUUCUGCCCAGUCCUGGCUUUGAGAAAAGCAACAUGGGAAUAAGCAUAGCCUCCUUUUCCUACAAAGACAUCAUGGACGGCCAUGUGAACUACGUCCAGUCCAGACACCAGAGGAUGGAGCCCACAGCAGACCAGCUCAUGUUCUGUUUAUCAGACGGCAAACGCAGCUCUGUCGACGUGCCCUUCUACAUCAUCAUCAGCCCAACCAAUGACGAGGUCCCAGAGUUCGUGGCCAGGAACAUCACUGUCCGAGAAGGAGACAUGAAGCAGCUGGACACCUCAGUUUUGAAUGCGGUGGAUCUGGACGUCCCGAAGAAUGAGCUGCUGUUUAGCGUGGUCACACCCCCCCGGCAUGGCAGCAUCAUGCAGCACAGCGAUGGGAGGCCAAACAACAGGAGAAGGGAGGCUGGGGCUGUCAUUGAAGACUUCACAAUGACAGAUCUAAGAAAUGGCAUGGCUUUGAUGUACAUGCACGAUGACUCUGAGAACAUGGAAGACAGUUUCACCAUUCAGCUGUCUGAUGGGAAGCACCAGCUCCACAGACAAGUAAUGGUUAAAGUGCUGCCGGUGAAUGACGAGGAGCCUCGGGUCAUAAGGAACAACGGGCUGGAGGUGGAGCCGGGGGAGGCCAGGCUCAUAUCCAGCGUCACGCUGUUUGCACAGGACAGGGACACUCUCCCUGCGGAGCUCAUGUACUUGUUUGAGAGUGUUCCUACUCAAGGACUGCUUCAGCUGAAGGAGGGCCAAGAGUGGGUGCCACUGUCAGCUGGAAGCAACUGCACCCAGGAGAUGGUGGAUCUGAACCUGCUGCGCUAUCUGCACACAGGGCUGCACGGUGCUAAAACACAGGACUUCUUCGUCUUCUAUCUGCUGGACGGGAAAAAUCGCUCACCUGCUCAGCACUUCCACAUCUCUGUCAAAGAUAUGGAAAAAGGGAGUAUUGCCCUCUUUUUGAAGCCGGUGAACGUCAGUCGUGGAGAUCGUUUGGUUCUCACCACGGACGUGCUGCUUGCCACAGAUGGCUCAGACAGGCCAGAGGAGCUUCUGUAUAUUGUCACCAACCCUCCCGCUCAUGGACACAUAGAGUACAUCAGAAAUCCUGGGCUGGCCAUCUCCACCUUCAGCCAGAUGGACAUCGCAGCAAACCUUGUGGCUUAUGUACACGACAACCGAGCCAGUGCGACCAAGGAAGCUUUUCAGUUUCUUGUCAGUAAUGGUAAAGCCAGCAGAAAUGGGACCUUUGAGAUUGCAGUGGAAAUGGUGGAUCGCAUCCUGCCGUCACUGUCCCACAACAAGGGCCUCACGGUCCCCCAGGGCUCCUCCAUCACCCUGCUCCCCGACUGCCUCACCCUGUCUGACCCGGACACCCCACCCAGCGGCUUGAGUUUUAUUCUUCACCAGCCUCCACAGUAUGGCAAGCUGCUUUUAGGCAACACCCCACUGACUGCUGGCUCAAACUUCACGCAGAAGAACAUCCAGGAGUUGGAGGUAGCAUAUCAGCAUGGCGGGGGGCCAUCGCAGAUCGACAGGUUUGCCUUUACUGCCUCUGACAGUACUAAUCGGGGCUUCCUGCUGGAUGGGCGGCUGCAUACAGAACCUGUGUUCUUCACUAUCCAGGUAAAGCCCCUGGAUAACUCAUCCCCUAAGGUCGUGAGGUUGCUCCCUCUUUGGAAGGCAGAGCUUUUAGCUGAUGGUCGAUAUGGGAUCUUCCUGUCAUCCAGGGAGCUGAAGGCACAAGACAGCCACAGCAGAGAAGAAGAGCUGACGUUCUUCAUCAUCCGCCCGCCCUACUUUGGUUACCUGGAAAACAUCACUGCAGGUAAUUUUGUGCAGCAGCGCUUCUCUCAGCUGGACCUGAACAAGAGAACCAUUGUGUACAUCAUCAAUCCAGACAGCGAGUCUCUGAAAGACAGCUUGGAGUUCACAGUGGCCGAUCCUCUGGGGAACACAGGGCCUUCUCACAUAUUGGAGCUGCUCUGGUCCAGUGUUGAACUCUCCCAGCCUGAGUACUCUGCCUGUGAGGGGAAGGGAGCCAUCUCUCUGGACAUCGUUCGAAAUGGAAACGUGGCAGAGUCUUCUUACAUCACAGUCAAGGUAAAGGAGAUCACUGCGACUGCUGGAAAAGAUUUCCUCAUAGGCACUUCCUCUCUCAUCCAGUUUGAUCCAGGUGUGUCAAAGAGGAGCUGGCAGACAGAGCUGAUCCAAGACCACCUGGAGGAGGCUGAGGAGAUGUUUGAGGUAUCGCUGGUCUCCCCUGAAGGCGCCGUGGUCGGCAGCAUCAACAGAGCUCACGUUACCAUCAGGGACUCAGAGAGCGGACAGUGCAGACAGAAGCAGGGUGGAGAGGCUCCUGUCCUGGGAGGGAAAGCGAUUCGGUCAGAGACUUACCCUCAGCAUGGAUCCAUUCAGCUAGAGAAGCUCCCUCUGAACACAGAGUCCGUCGUCUGGGCCCGAGGAGACAGCAUCCCCGGGCAUGAAGCAGGGCCCCUGAAGAAGAAACUCCGAAUCAUGGGCAAUCGAAAGUCUAUUCCGCCUUCAUCAGUUCUUCACAAUGGAACAGACACAAUUUACACGUACCAUGGCAUCAUGCACAUGCAAGUAGAGGAUGACACCUCCCCAUCCAGGAAGGGGAGGAAGGCGAAUGUUCGUGUGCUUAGCAGAGGGGCACAGCAGCCGGCUUCAGAGGUGGUUGCUCAUUCCAAACCUCAAACUAAACUCGCAAGUCUUGAGCGAACUGGACUGACCAAAGGACAUGCCACAGUGGAUAACUUGGUCCCCAAACCCUGUGUCCCAGAGCUGAUGGGACUCCUGCACUUCAACCACUCCACCAGCAGGCUCUUCCACUGCAACGGUGUCUCCUGGAAACCCUGGGCACCAACUGAUGAGAUGGUGAGUGCUCAGAUGUGUCCUCAAGGCUGGACCUUUCAUGGUGGCUCCUGUUACAUCCUCAGCUCUGAGCGCAAAGCUACGUGGAGCAUGGCUAACAGGGCCUGCAGGGAGAGAUACAAAGGCACUUUAGCAAGCGUUCUCUCAAAAGCGGACAUGGACUGGCUGUGGGACUUCAGUGGCAGGAAUCCCUUCUGGAUCGGUCUGAAUGACAGGGAGAGCCGAGGACGCUGGGAGUGGGUUGGCGGAGAGCCGGUCAGCUACACCAACUGGAGGAAGACCCCCCCGCGGUCCAAAAUGAAGGGAAGCAGGAGGUGUGUCCUGGUGUGGAAGAGAACAAAGUGGCAGAUCAGGGACUGCAAGACGAGCAGAGGCCAUCGCUAUGUGUGUUCAGUAAAGACUUGAGAGUGACCGUGGGUGUUCCACAGGCAUGAACCAAAACACUGUUUCAGAGGAGUUGCAGGAACAAGGACUGAUUCUCAGGACAAUGAUGCAACCCAGCAGCAAGGAUCGAUGGGAAUUUUCCAGGGAAAAUCAUGUACAUUAUGACAAGUUUAACGCGUGUGAAAGAUUACCUGCUACUCUGUGUACCUAAAUGACAGUUGUUUACACUGCAUCUAAUCUAAUUAAUCAACGGAAGUAUUGUUCUGUAUGUAUUGAUCAAAAGAGAUUUUCUUUUAAGUACAGGCACAGCAUCGCUUGCUCAUUUCACAGAGAACAUCUGGUUCCGUUUUGCCUCUUUAUUUCCUCAUCUUUAUUUACGAGUCAAUUUCUUCUGGUGACAACAAAACCCAGUUCAAAAUCAUUUCAGUGAAAAUUCAGUCAAAGUUGUGGAGCUUGAGCACUUACAUUUUC